UUCAAAAUUCAAUUUUAUAGUCAACAGCUCUAAUUAUUAAGUCUAUUUACUUUAAUUUAUAUAUUAAAUUAAAUAUUAAUCCCCGCUUUAGUACGCAAUGGAUCCAACCGUCCAAACUGAACUUUCUAGAUUUGGAUUCAAAGUCUUUCUGUAAAAAAUCAAUAGUUACUGCAUCCUAGGGUAUUAGCUCUUCCCUUCCUGCUGAAAUCGCGCGAGUUCCUCUGAGUCUCAGGUAUUCAAUUUCGUUUUCCAUCGCUCUUCAAGUUCUGACAUUAUCAAAUCUUGUUCUCAUAACAAAAAGAGUAAAUCCUUUUCAAGGUGCUUAACAGAUUUAUGUUUUUCAUCAUCACGAAACGCAUUUCUUUAUUCUUAAAAAGAUCCAAAAGAAACGCCACUCUACUUCUCUUCAAUGAGCUAUGAACUUAGGAUUUGAUUUUUGAUAGGUAAAAAAUGUCUAAGGCACAGUUGCAAGAGCUGUGCCAAAGGUUAUUGUUGCCGCUGCCUCAAUAUACCAUCGUUAGGGAGGGCCCCGAUCACGAAGCUAAGUUCAAUGCAACCGUCAUUGUCAAUGGACUGCCGUUCCACUCCAUACCAAAUAAGUGUCGCACAAGCAAGGAAGCUCAGAACCUUGCUGCCCGGUUUGCUUUUGAGUUCUUCUCUGCUAAUCCGCCCGAGACUCCUCCUCCCCAUCUUUUGCCCCCACCUACAAAUCCUGCUUUGACUCAAGUUGAGCCUCCACCUUCAAAUCCUGCUUUGACUCAAGUUGAGCCUCUACCUUCAAAUCCUGCUUUGACUCAAGUUGAGGUUCACCCCACUGAAGAUCCAUCUGAUCCUCAGCCAGCACUUACUUUGCCUAUUGACCCCCAGCCGGUUAGCUCACCCCAGAGUCACGAUCCUUCAGGUGAAACUGUUUCUCCACUUCCUGUUCUAGUAGCUGGCGCUCAAUCUGUUCCUUCAUUGCCAAUGGAAAUCUCCACAGCAUUUGCUAAUCAAUCCUCUCCACAGAGAGCCUCUACAGAGGUUAUUCAAUUAUCAACUGAUGAGCAUGCAAGUAUGAGGGGGAUGUACAAGUCACAAUUGCAAGACCUAUGCCGUAAGCACGGGUGGAAACCGCCAGAGUACAAGUCAGUGAAAGAAGGACCGGACCACAUGCCUAGAUUUACUGCUACAGUGGUAGUCAAUGGAGCUUCCUACACAACUCCACACAACCACAGCCGUUCAUCCAAAGAAGCAACAAAACUCGCUGCCUUUGUUGCUGUAAAACAAUUAACUUGCCUCAAGCCAAUUGCCUCCCAGGAAGGCAUCGUUGUUCCAUCAAAUGCAGAUCAUACUGAUGUCAAGGUGUGUCAGAACACUGAAAUGAAUGCACCAACAUAUGAUUCCGGCUCAGCAGAAUUGGCUGACAGAAAGCUUCCCAAAUGUUCAGCUGUGCAACCAAUUUACAAGAACUGGCUACAGCAGUAUGCCCAGAAGCAGGGGAUCACCCUUCCUGAAUAUUGUUGUGAAGCUCAAGGACCACCACAUGAUCGUCACUUUAAACCAAAAGUGGCUUUUGCUGAAAAAGUCUAUGAAAGUCAACAAUUUUUCCGCACAUUGAAAGAAGCUGAACAAGCAGCAGCAAAAAUUGUUAUUGAGGCAUUAUCACCUCAUGAAAUUCAAAAGGGUGGAGGUUUAUACAAGAACCUCCUACAAGAAGCUGUACAAAAACUUGGGUUCCUCUCUCCAAUGUACAAAACAAUCCAAGGUGGCCCACCUCACAAUGCUUCUUUUGUCACCACGGUUCAAGUCGGUGAUGAAACGUACGAAGGACAAACAGCCAAAAGCAAGAAGCUGGCUGAGAUGAAUGCAGCCGAGAUUGCUUAUAAUACUUUGAUAAACCGUGUGGAUACCUUUACGAAGAGGCAGAAACAAUCAACCUCACCUGGCACAAAUAUUCCGCACUCGCCAACUACUCAUGGUUUAUCUUUAUGUCAAUAGGUACAGUUGUCCAUUUGAAGACGCAGAAAACAUCGGCUACACCUGGCAUGCACACACCUAUCUGUCCUCCACCUAGUAAUAUAUACGUUGGUCCAAUCCUGUUCGAGUCUUCUGCUUUACAACAUGAUCUUAUUAGGAAUUCGUCAGAUAAGGUUUUGGCUUCAUGGUGUCAUUCAAACGGUACCGCAGUUUCUAGCCAUGCUUCUGUUUUGCCUUAUUCUGUCCAGAUUUUACCUGAUAACCAAUCCUUCACCCCAUUGGAACUCCCAUGUUUGAAUAGUUCAAUGGAGGAGAAGUUUAGCCUAGAUAGACCAAGUGCUGCAAGGAACAUGAUUUUGGUUUACCCACGUGGUUCAGAAGUGGUACUCCCUCAUCAUGCUUCAAUCUUAUCCUGCUGCGAUGACAAAUGGGUGGCUGUUGAAGUAGUUCAGAGUUCUAAUUAAGGUCAUACAUUUGUGUUUCAAGUUUAUGUAGAAAAACGGUAUCCGGCACUGCGGUUGAAUUCUUUGUGUUCUUGUUUUGGAUGCUUACUGAUACUAUGUGCAUGCUUUGGAUGUUCACAGAUUAGUGUCAUGGUUUGGAUAUUUUACUCAUUGUUUAA